AAUUUGCUUCCGCUUAGAGGGACCUUGACCUGAUAGUUUUGACAACAUGAUAACGUGUAGGAAAAAAUUCUUCUCUGUCAGUCCGUCAUUCGCUCCAAUGGAGCCUGUGCUGAAAAAAGUAUCAGAGAACAAAAUGUCCAUUUUGACUUUACAGCUUAUUUUCCUGCUGUCGGGAGUAACACUUGCAUAUUUCAUGUCAUACUGGCCAGUGAUUUUUGUUUCGGUUUUCGAGGAGAACCAGAUUACGUCAUCGAAAGUUUUGACAACAUCAGGAACGUCUGUUGUAAAGCGAUCAAGGCAACAGUCUGUACCACAAAAUUCAGAGAUCAAGCAAGAAGCUGUAACAGCAAUGAACAUUGCCAUGGAUAUGGAGGCACAGGGAAAACACGACAAGGCAUUAAAACUCUUCCAGCAUGCGUUAAAUCUCGACCCUUCUCAUGCAGAUAUACUCACUGCUUUUGGAGAGUUUCUGGAACACCAUGAGUACGAUGUUGCUAAAGCUGAACAGUUGUAUAGUAAAGCUUUACUUUUGAAUCCUGAUCAUUCUAAAGCAUUGGAGAAUAGAAAGAGAGUGUUACCAUUGGUUGAAGAAAUUGAUCAACGAAUGUAUAAUGCAAUAGAUAAGAAGUUAAAUUUAUUAUACAAAGUGCCAAAUAGUCAUCCAGGGUUAAGACGACAAAAACGUGAAGCAUAUUAUCAGCAUAUAUUUCAUACAAAUGCAAUAGAAGGGAAUACACUGACUUUAGCACAGACAAGGUCUAUUGUUGAAACUGGGAUUGCUAUAGGAGGUAAAUCUCUAGUAGAACAGCAGGAAGUGUUAGGGUUAGAUGCUGCUCUAAGUUAUGUGAACAAUACCUUGUUAGGAAGGAUAGGAUCAAUUACAUUAGAAGAUAUAUUGCAAAUCCACAGGCGUGUUUUAGGCUUUGUAGACCCUAUUGAAGGUGGACGACUAAGACAAACGCAAGUUUUUGUGUCUGAUUUUACCCCAGCUCCACCGGAAGAAGUUCCAGCUUUAAUGGAUGACUUUAUUGAAUGGUUGAAUUCUGAGGAAGCUUUAAGUUUACAUCCAGUAGAAUAUGGUGCAUUGGCGCAUUAUAAGUUAGUUUAUAUUCAUCCGUUUUAUGAUGGAAAUGGUAGAACUUCACGGUUAUUGAUGAAUUUGAUAUUAAUGCAAGCUGGAUUUCCUCCAGUGACAGUAAAAGUUGACGACAGAGCGAGAUAUUAUGAAACUCUAAAUGAGGGAAACCUUGGUGAUCUACGAUCAUUUAUAAGAUUUAUAGCAGAAUGUACGGAGCGAACUUUAGAUGAGUUCUUGUUAGCAUCAUUAGAAAAUGCAGCAUCAGUUUUACCUCAGAUAUCGAACUGGAAACGAAACAAAACCAAACCUGCACGGGUUAUAUAUGCUGAAGCAGAGCCUUAGCUGACUUCCCUGAACAAAUUCUUUUGUUUAUGUUACAUGUUAAGUUAUUAAUACUGUUAAGAAAUCAGUUGUUUAACAACUGCUCUGUUUUUUUUAUAUUAGUUUGUUAACAUCCAGCAAGAAAUUUGAGCAUUUUUUUAAAUAAUUUAAAUUUCAAAAGUCUAAGUAAUGUCUCAAAGGAAAAUAUGUGUACAGAUGUCUUGCUUAAACAAUUUAUACAGCGAUUUGUUAAGUUACCAAACUUAAUCAUCCAUUAUCAUAGUCCUUCCUGUUCAUCAAGGUUUAAAAGAUCUUAUUUUAAAAAUCCAGUUCUUGAUCCCUGUUCUUAAAACAGUGAUGUUCUAAACUUUAUGAAGAAGUGAUCUGAAAUGCAAGUGCUAUUUAAAAGUAAGUUUAAUCUUAUAAUAUGUAACUCUUACUGGUAUAAAGUUUUCCAUGGCUGUCUGAAUACAGAUAAAAUAGGGAUUUUUCUCAGCUGUGUAAGAUUGUCUAUAUUUAUUAUUUAUUACAAGAGUUAAGUGCAAUAACAUAUCACAUUUUUCAUUUAUUACUUCUCAUUCUGAUUAUGGGUAUCUUGUAUAAAUUUAAUUGUAUGUGUUAAUGCAUUAAGUAAGUGUGCUACUUGUAUAUUGUGUUUGUUAAUUUAAAGCUGAUGUUUAAAAAAUUUGAAAAGCUGUCAUUUGCUCUUAGUCUUACUGAUAAGUAAUUUGAUUACAAAUGUAUUUCAAAGUUUGGGUUUAAUUUAUCUUUGUAGACAUUCCUAGUUUACAAGUUUUUAGCUCACCUGUCACAAAGUGACAAGGUGAGCUUUUGUGAUCGCGCAGCGUCCGUCGUCCGUCCGUCCAUGCGUGCGUCCGUCAGUGCGUGCGUAAACUUUUGCUUGUGACCACUCUAGAGGUCACAUUUUUCAUGGGAUCUUUAUGAAAGUUGGUCAGAAUGUUCACUUUGAUGAUAUCUAGGUCAAGUUCGAAACUGGGUCACGUGCGGUCAAAAUCUAGGUCAGUAGGUCUAAAAAUAGAAAAACCUUGUGACCUCUCUAGAGGCCAUAUAUUUCAAAAGAUAUUCAUGAAAAUUGGUCAGAAUGUUCAUCUUGAUGAUAUCUAGGUCAAGUUCGAAACUGGGUCACGUGCCUUCAAAAACUAGGUCAGUAGGUCAAAUAAUAGAAAAACCUUGUGACCUCUCUAGAGGCCAUAUUUUUCAUGGGAUCUUUAUGAAAGUUGGUCAGAAUGUUCAUCUUGAUGAUAUCUAGGUCAAGUUCGAAACUGGGUCACGUGCCGUCAAAAACUAGGUCAGUAGGUAUAAAAAUAGAAAAACCUUGUGACCUCUCUAGAGGCCAUAUAUUUCACAAGAUCUUCAUGAAAAUUGGUCAGAAUGUUCAACUUGAUAAUAUCUAGGUCAAGUUCGAAACUGGGUUAAAUGCCUUCAAAAACUAGGUCAGUAGGUCAAAUAAUAGAAAAACCUUGUGACCUUUCUAGAGGCCAUAUUUUUCAUGGGAUCUUUAUGAAAAUUGGUCAGAAUGUUCACCUUGAUGAUAUCUAAGUCAAUUUCGAAAGUGGGUCAUGUGCCAUCAAAAACUAGGUCAGUAGGUCAAAUAAUAGAAAAACCUUGUGACCUCUCUAGAGGCCAUAUUUUCCAUGGGAUCUGUAUGAAAGUUGGUCUGAAUGUUCAUCUUGAUGAUAUCUAGGUCAAGUUCGAAAGUGGGUCACGUGCCUUCAAAAACUAGGUCAGUAGGUCAAAUAAUAGAAAAACCUUGUGACCUCUCUAAAGGCCAUAUUUUUCAAUGGAUCUCCAUAAAAAUUGGUCAGAAUGUUCAUCUUGAUGAUAUCUAGGUCAAGUUCGAAAGUGGGUCACGUGCCAUCAAAAAAUAGGUCAGUAGGUCAAAUAAUGAAAAAACGUUGUGACCUCUCUAGAGGCCAUAUUUUUCAUGGGAUCUGUAUGAAAGUUGGUCUGAAUAUUUAUCUUGAUGAUAUCUAGGUCAAGUUUGAAACUGGGUCAACUGCGAUCAAAAACUAGGUCAGUAGGUCUUGAAAUAGAAAAACCUUGUGACCUCUCUAGAGGCCAUACCCUUGAAUGGAUCUUCAUGAAAAUUGGUCAGAAUGUUCACCUUGAUGAUAUCUAGGUCAAGUUUGAAACUGGGUCACGUGCCUUAAAAAACUAGAUCAAUAGGUCAAAUAAUAGAAAAACCUUGUGACCUCUCUAGAGACCAUAUUUUUCAAUGGAUCUUCAUGAAAAUUGGUCAGAAUUUUUAUCUUGAUAAUAUCUAGGUCAAGUUCAAAACUGGGUCACAUGAGCUCAAAAACUUGGUCACUAUGUCAAAUAAUAGAAAAAAAACGUCAUACUCAAAACUGGAUCAUGUGGGAAGAGGUGAGCGAUUCAGGACCAUCAUGGUCCUCUUGUUUUAUUAGGUCUGUGUUAUGCUGCAGCAAAUUUUUGCAAAAUAAUAGAGAUUCAUGCAGGCUCACUUGUGAAAAAUAUUUUUGUAUGAAUAAGAAAUGGAUCAAAAUGCAGGUAAUGGAAGUUUUUAAGUGCCCCUCCUUUUAUUAUAAAAUUAUACUUGUAUUCAUCUGUAUAACUAUGAUUUAUUGCACAAAUCUGUAAAAAAAAAUAUUACAGUUCUGGGUUUCAGAAAUGCAAUAUUUAGUUCAGUAAUGAAAAGUGUAUGUAUUUAAUGAAUAUAAUAUGUUAGUUUUGGAGAUAUUUUAACUGAAAUUUCUUUUAAUUAAUCCCCCGCCACAAGUGGUGGGGGGUUAUAGGAAUAGUCUCCAUCCAUCCGUCUUCCGUUUGUCCGUCCGUAACAUUUUGUGUCUGCUUUGUAUCUCCUAAACCCCUUGAAGGAUUUUCGUGAAACUUGGGUCAGAUGAUCACCUCAUCAAGACGAUGUGCAGAACCCAUGAGUCAGCCAUGUCGGCUCAAGGUCAAAGGUUUGAGCCUUCCAUUUCAUGUCCGCUCUUUAUCUCCUAAACCCCUUGGAGGAUAAUCAUGAAACUUGGGUCAAAUGAUCACCUCAUCAAGACGAUGUGCAGAACCCAUGAGUCAGCCAUGUCGGCUCAAGGCCAAGGUCACAACUCAAGGUCAAAGGUUUGAGCCUUUCAUUUUGUGUCCGCUCUUUAUCUCCUAAACCCCUUGAAGGAUAAUCAAGAAUCUUGGGUCAAAUGAUUACCUCAUCAAGACGAUGUGGAGAACUUAUGAGUCUGCUGAAUAUCAAGGUCACAACUUUGGGUCAAAUGUUUGAGCCUUUCAUUUUGUGUCCUCUCUGUAUCUCCUAACCCCUUGAAGAAACUUCAAGAAACUUGGGUCAAAUGAUCACCUCAUCAAGACGAUGUGCAGAAUUCACAAGUCAGCUUAAGGUCAAGGUCACAACUCUGGGUCAAAUGUUUGAGCCUUCCAUUUUGUGUCCGCUCUGUAUCUCCUAAACCCCUUGAAGGAUUUUCAUGAAACUUGGGUCAAUUAUUCACCUUAUCGAGACGAUAUGCAGAACUCAUGUCAGCCAUGUUGGCUCAAGGUCAAGGUCACAACUCGAGGUCAACGGUUUGAGCCUUCCAUUUUAUGCCUGCUCUGAAUCUCCCAAUCCUCUUUGAAGGAUUUUAGUAUGACUUGGCUGUAAUAUUCCCCUUAUCAAGACAAUGUGCAGAAUUCAAAAUUCAAAGUUGAAGUGCUUUAACCUUUAUUGGUAGCAUAUAUUUAAUUGUGUUCAGUUUAUUUAGGCAAUAUUUGAGGACUUUGCAUCAAAAUGUCAUUGUUUAUGUAUUAAUCUGUGAUAAAAGGACAAAUCAUUGCCAUGGUUUGGAACUCUUUGUUAGGUCAUAUAAAUAUUUUUCAGAUGCUAUAGAUAAUAAGGAUAUUUACAAGCCUGCCUGUGUCAGACAGGAUUCUCCCAACCUGAGGGACAAUGAGGAAUGGAAAACCUAGAAUUACCAUGGUUUUUUAUCUGGCUGUCUUGAGGGUUGUCUUACACAGACACCCCUGUUACAUCAUUUUUCUUGCUUGCAGUUUACAGUAAAAUUCACUUAUAGCAAACUCUAUUAUAAGAAAUUCUAGGUUACAAGGAAUUCAUUUUUCUAACCAGAUUUUUCUCAUAUAUUCUGCAUAAAAAACAGACAGAUAUAAUGAACUUGGAUACAGCAAGAACUUGGUUAUAAGGAACACAUUUCUAUAUCCCACCAUGACACUUUACUUAUUUCAUAACAAAUCAGUAGGUUAUUUCAAGAUCAGCUGCCAUUAGUAACACACUAAGAUAUGCAAAUUUGUGAAGCAAGUUCUACAACUUAUAUUAAUAACUUGCGGCACCUCAUUUCUGAUGGAAUUCAUCACCAUGAGGGUAUGAGAGAUGAGAAACCAGUUUCCCAUUUAAUGCCGAGUGCCAAGCAAGGGAGCUACUGGUACCGUUUUUCAUAUCUUUGGUAUGACAUGGACUUUGAACCCACUACCUCAUGCACUCGAAGCUGAAGCUCUACCACUAGACUUUUGAGGUGGUUAUCUGAAAAUGAAAUUACAGGUUAUGAGAAUAGUUUGAUAAAUACUAGGUUGUUAGGUAGAAAACAGAAAUUUAAUUAAAACUUUAGUUCCAUUUCAUAUUUCAAAUGACUAUUAUCAACAGAUAUAGUACAGAAAGAAAAUACUGUAAUUAUUUAAUGUAGGCCUCUUAAGCAGAUAUUUUUCAAAUUUGUAAGACGCUUUACUUACUUUCAUGAUAGCCAUUCUUGGCUUAUUUGGUCAGUGAUGAAGAAAUCUUCUAAAGUUGUCUUCUGAACUGAGAGUUGUUCAUGCUUCAUGUAUAUAGAAUAUAUUAAGUUUUUUGUUUUUGUUAGUUACAAAGAGACACAAAGAUCUGAUAGCUUUAUAAUGUGGAUUUAUGUAAAUAAAAGUAAACUGGUGCUGCUUUUACAGUUGUAUUUAUGCUGUUAAGAAUAUUUUUGCUAGAUUGUUAAUUGAAUGUUCUGUCCACUCAAAAAUUCCUUGUUCAGAUUUUCAGUAGAGGCAGUUGCAGUGCAUUUAAGGUGUAUAUAUAACUCAUUUUGCUAUAAGGUUAGGCGGUAUAUGCUAUGGCAUAUCAUUUACACUUUUUCAUUUAAACCAUAUUAGAAAUCCCUGUUAAUCUCGAUAUGUUUGUAACCGGUGGUUAUCUUUAUAUUAUGCAUAAUAGGUUAAUACAGGCUGUCAGCCAAUUUCUAUAUUUUUCAGUUUCAUAUGUAGGACCUUCCAAUAUUUUACAUAGUUUCCUAUAUUAUUGCAUAGUGAGAUUAAUGUCAACAACAAAAAGAAGAUUUUUUCUGUCAUUUUCAUUUUGGUUUUAGCAGACAGUUCCAAGUAGUUGUACAUACUGUCUUAUUGACUGCUGUUGUUGUUUAGUAAAAUCGUUUGAAUGGAGUCUGGUUAUAUCUUUUUGGUUGUUCUUGAUAUCUAAAUUUCUGUUUUUGAGUUGUUUUCCUGUUACAUUGUUUUCCUGUUACAUUGUUUUGAAAGCAAUUCUUAAGUAUCUCCUUUGUAUUUAGUGUUAAGUUUGUUGACAGCCUGAUACAUAUUGUACUAAUUCAGUCAUUGUUCUUAUAUAUGGGCUUCAGGAAGACGAGACACUCGUAGCUGCACUCGAGCAAUUUAUAUAAGCAAUGGUUAAACUAAGAUUUUUUUAAAUUUUAUUUUGAUGAUCAUUGUUUCUUAAGGAAUCAGACAGAGAUACCCAAGAUUAUGCACUUGUUCAAUAUCUUGUUGAAACUCCAAAACAAUUAACUCCAUUGUUUUAAAAAAAUUCUCUGUAAGGACAGCAUGAUUAAUAGAUCAUAAUAUGUGUAAUAACUACAUUAAUUGAAGUACAUAAGUUUAACUAUAUCUGAUGUAAAUGUCUCAAAAUGAUGUUAUUGUUCAUGUAUAAAUGUUGCAUGGUUUAUUUGUUUGUAUUGUGAAACUAGUCUGUGAUAACACUAUAUUGAUGCUGCUAUAUAAAGUGGUAUAUUCAUAAAUUAUUUACUUUAA